GGGAAAAUCAAUAAAGCCUCCUCCACGCGAGCCUCGGACACACAAACUCACAGUCUCACACACCACACGAGCGGGAUGGAACCUCCAAGGGGGCGUGGCUCUUCCAGGCCGGAGCUUCCUUGAAAAGUCGAACGACGCAGACGCCAUCAAGCAUCAACGACAAUAUAUUUUUGCUUCAAAAUUAAAGAAAAAUGAGUGAUGAAAGUAGCGCAGUUUUCAACGACAAAUCUUUGGACGAGCCGACUCCAGCGGGUGCACCGUUGACAGCCAAAUACAAGCAGAGUUUUGCCUACGAUACAAUAAAAGACCGACUUCCAGUCAUCAUCACCAAAACCGUCGAUCACCUGUACAGAGAUAAGAACAAGAUAAUCGAGCAGUUUGGAGAGGAAGCACGUGAAGACAUAAAAUCACUAAUUGGAAGUUUUUCCAAGCUGAGAAAUGAGUUGCAAACCAACAAACCUCUGGUGCCAAUUAAUCUUGGGGAUGACGUAGACUUGUGGAACUCGUGCGUGCAAGGCGGCAAAUGGUUUGACUCUCCGUGGCUUCUAGUCGAAUGCUACCUCUACAGAAGGAUGAGGGAUAACAUAGCUCAAAGCCCUAGUCUCUCUGAUUUUGACCAAUUUUCGGAGCAAAAGAAACACGGAUUUGCCGCUUCCACGUCUGCCAUGAAAGGACUUGAGGCUCACCUCAAUCGUUUCAUCUCUGAUGAACCUCUUCCUGACCUUGGAAAAGAGCAAUUUUUCCAAUUGCUCAAGGUUUCUCUUUGGGGCAAUAAAUGUGACAUGUCGCUCAGCGGAGGAGAGCAAAGGCACCAAAAUUUGGAUCCGAUCAAGCAGCUUCCCUCGUUGGAAAAAAAUAUUCUUUGCAAUCACUUGGAAAAUGCUUGGGCCAAGAUCUUGAAAUUGAAUGGAAACUCAUCUUCUAUCAUCGAUAUUGUUUUGGACAAUGCUGGCUUUGAGUUGUUCACCGACUUGUGUUUAGCCGACUUCUUGGUCAGCCGUCAACUUGUGUCUACAGUCAGAUUUCACGCUAAAAACAUGCCGUGGUUCGUGUCCGACGCCACCCCGAUGGACAUUUUCUGGAGUCUCGAGUACCUCGAGGACCACAUUCCCGAGCUGGGGUUCCGUUGGCGAUCGCACGUCCACUCCGGCAAGUGGGUCCUGCACCCUAGCUCAAAGUCCUCCUUUUGGACUCUGCCCCACGCUUUUGCAAAGAUGAAGGAGGUCGACCCUGACUUGUUCAACCUCCUGAGUUCGUCUAGCUUGGUGAUUUUCAAAGGCGACCUCAAUUACCGUAAACUCGUUGGAGACCUUAACUGGGAUCCGCAAACUGAGCUUUCAACGGCUUUUGAAGGUUGUCCCAAACCUCUGCUUGCGUUACGAACUCUCAAGGCAGACGUGGUUGUUGGCUUGGAAAAAUCUGUAAUCGCCAAGAUGACGGGAAACUGGAUGGUCAGCGGAGAAUAUGCUGUAAUUCAGCUCUGCGACUAAAGGUUCCUGCUCAAUAAAUUGUUUUUACUGCAUAA